CAGCACCAACACCACCAGCACCAUCACCAGCACCACCACCAGCACCACCAGCACCACCACCAGCACCACCACCAGCACCACCACCACGAGCACCACCACCAGCACCACCACCAGCCGUAACACAGACGAACAGAAGAGCCACACACCCCCACCACAUUCAGCAGUGACACAAGACCACACAGCGGUAACAGCGGCAGCUGCAGCAGCAGCAGCGGCACUGCGCUAACAGCAGCAAAUAUAAGAACCACAGCGACGAGCGACAGAGUUACAGUAACAACAACAAGAAAAAGCAGCAACAGCACAACACAGAAGCAAGAUCCGACGUGGCAGCAUCGGCGACAUCGCCCAAGGAAGCCGGAACAAUCUCAGCCUUGGAAGAAUAUCAUCAUCAGCCUGCCUUGAUUUAAUAGGCGCUCGCCAACUACAUUCGCCUCGACAGCAGACACACCACAACACACACCACACGCACAUACCACACACACCACACACACCAACACACACACCAACACACACACACCACAACACACGCACACCAACACACCACACACAGCACACAUACCACACACACCACACACACACCACACACACACCACACACACACCAACACACAGCACACACAGCACACACACACCACACACACACCCCGCAGGACCUGCAGGACCUGAUUUUGAGGCUGUUGCUGCUUCGUCAUCAUCAUCAUCAGCAGCAUGUCAGCUUCUGAGGCUGCAUGCGAGGUGGAGGUGGAGGAGGAGGAUUGGUUCGACUCUGGGACCGGAGGAGAUUUGGAUUCCGGGGUGCAGGAGGCGCUUCUGGAGCGGUCGGAGAUACAGGUCCCCAUGAAGAACCUGGAGCGCGAACUGCUGUGCCCGGUGUGCGAGGAGCUCUUCACGCACCCCAUCAUCCUGCCGUGCCAGCACAGCGUGUGCCACCGCUGCGCCAAGGAGCUCCUGUGCUCUCGCGAGUGGUCCUGCUCGUCCUCCUCGUCGUGGGCCCCGCCGGCACCCGAGGCCUCCACCGAGCCGGCGUCCCCCAGCGCGUCGCCCGUGCCGAGCCCGCGCCGCCGCAGCCUCCGCGGGGGCUCCCCGAGCGUCGAGCGGCUGGAGAAGGUGCUGCGUGCCGAAUCCCUUGUGAACCUGACGGCUGCCCGCCCGGGUGCCCGCGGCGGCUGCUCCUUCCCGUGCCCGUCCUGCGACUGCGACGUCGACCUGGGGCCCAGGGGCAUCGCCGGACUCUUCCGCAACUUCACGCUGGAGACCAUCGUGGAGCGAUUCCGACAGGCGGCCAGGGCUGCGACGGCCGUGAUGUGCGACCUGUGCUACCCUCCGCCGACCGAGGCCACCAAGAGCUGCCUGGACUGCCGCAAGAGCUACUGCAACGAGUGCUUCAAGGUGCACCAUCCCUGGAACACGUCCAGGGCCACGCACGAGUACAUCGGGCCGACCAAGAACUUCCGGCCCAAGGUGCUGAUGUGCCCGGAGCACGAGGCGGAGAAGGUGAACAUGUACUGCGAGGUUUGCCGCCGCCCCGUGUGCCACCUGUGCAAGCUCGCCGGCAUUCACUCCAACCACAAGGUCACCAACAUCAACAGCGCCUACAAGGCACUCAAGGAGAAAUUGGCCAAGAGCAUCAACCUGCUGAUGAGCAAGGAGGACCAGGUGAAGGAGCAGCUGGGAGUCAUCGAGACUCUGAUCGAGGACACGGAGACGGGCGGCGAUCUCGCGGCGCGCAGCAUCACGGAUGCCUUCGGGGGCCUGGAGGAGGCCGUGCAGGCGCGGCGGGCGGCCAUGUCGCACCGCCUGGAGGGCUGCCGCGACGACGUCGCGCGCCGGCUGCACUCGCAGCACGCCGAGUGCGAGCAGCUGCUGCAGAGCUCGGGCCUCGUCGGCCUCGCCCGCGAGUUCCUCAAGGAGAGCGACCCCUCCUGCUUCAUGCAGACCGCCAAGCUGCUGCACAGCAGGAUCAUGAGGGCGACGGAUCGCUUCAAGUCGUUUGAGCCGGACGUGGUGGACGCGUCAUUCUCCGGGUUCACGGUGGACGUGGCUCGGGAACAAGCCUUGCUGGGCUCCCUCGACUUCCUCAAGGCCCCGGAGACGCCGGUGCUGGACCCGAGCCGCAGCGCGAUUUACAAAGACGCCCAGGUGAGCUGGUCUCUCCCCGAGGGCUCCGCUCCUGCCGAUCGGUUCCAACUCGAGUUCCGGCCCCCUCCGCGGCGCCACCCGUCGCCCGUCCCGGAUCGCGGCACCCCGGAUCCGGCUACCGAAGAUGACGACGACGACGACCCGGAGUGGAGCCGCGUGGACGGGAUCCGGAGCACGAGCCACAUGGUGACGGGAGUCCGGUCCGGCACGGACCUCGCGGUCCGAGUCCGAGCCGUCAACGCAGCCGGAGCGAGUGCGUUCAGCGCGGAGAUGACGAUCGCGGCACCGCCGGCGCAAGUCUUCAGCUUCCUGCUGGACGACGACUGCGGCUACGAGCGCGAGCGGCUCGUCCUCUCCCCGCGCCGCGCCAGCGUCGACAGCGUCGUCGGGCUGCCCGCUCUGCUCGCGUCCGAGGGGCUCGGCGCCGGCGACGGCGACGACCCCCGCCGCUGCCACGGGGACGGCGGCAGCGGCGUCGACGGCGCCGCCGGCGGUCCGCUGGCGCCGCUGUCGUUCGUCGCCGGGGACGCGGCCGUGAGAGGCGGGCGCCACUUCUGGGUGGUGCGCGUGCGGCCGAGCAGCUACCUGGUGCGUGUCGGGGUGGCGGCGCCGGAGGCUCUGCGGCGCUGGCUGCGUCGCACCGGUGGUGGCAGCGGCGGCAGCGGCGGCAGAGGCAGCGCCGGCGGCAAGGACGCGGCCGCGCGGGGGAAGGGCGUUCGGCACAAGCCGGACAGCCCCUCCUCCGCCGCCCCCUCGGCGUCACCGUCCUGCGCCUUCGUCUCCGUGGGCAUGGGUCAGGUGGUGGCCCCCAGCUGGGCCCAGCUGCCCGCGCCCCCCUCCUCUCCCGCCAAGGGCACGACCCGGGCGGCACCGCAGGCGCCGGCGUUGCCGCAGCACCGCCAGCAGCAGCCGCAGCAGCCGGCGCCGCGCGCCACCUCCGCUCGCUCCCAGCGGGCCGCGAAACCCCUCGCUCGCUCCGCCUCCGCGACGAAGUCGGCGCCGGGGACGCCGCGGCGCGCCGCGGCCUCCGGGCGGAACGCGCGCGUGUCGGCGCUGCCGGCGCGCCUCGGCGUCUGCCUGGACCACGGCGCCGGGACGGUGGCGUUCUACGACGCCGACGGCGGCAGAGCGACCCGGCUCUGCGAGAUGCCGGUCGACUGCUCGGGCCCUGUGUUCCCCGUGUUCGGGUUUCUGGGCGGCGGCGGGCUGGAGCUGGAAGUGGCCGACGGUGGGGUCUGCGCCGACAGUACCGGUGGAGGUGGCGGCGGCGGCGGCAAGAGGGGAGCCACGCCGCCGCUGUCGGGACGGCCGGGCGUGAACGGUGUCUGACCGCAGCCGUGCGGGAAAUUAAUUUUGGGCCUGUCGUUAAAAAAACAUCUGUGGGUCUCACGUAAGUCUAUCAGUGUCUGUAUGAGGCUGUGGGUCUCUAUGUGAGUCUAUGGGUCUCCCUGUGAGUCUAUGGCUCUCCAUGUGAGUCUAUGGGUCUUUAUGUUAGUCUGUGGGUCUCUACGUGAGACUGUGGGUAUCUGUGCA